UAAACCACACUAGUGUGUGUGUGUGUCCUUCACUUUCAAAGACAGUCUCUUUCCCCAAAGAGCGGAUUCAGGAUUCACCAUCUCGAUCUGUGUCCAAAGCUCCCAUCUUUCUUCUUUCCCUGAAGAAUUUACUGGAGCUUCUCAGAUCAGAUGAAGAUGAUGCAAUCCUAAGACUCUAAGACGUUUUCGGGGCUGUGUUUUCUCGUGGGAUUUUAAACAUGGGGAAAGAAAAUGCUGUGUCUCGGCCAUUCACUCGUUCCCUUGCCUCUGCUUUGCGCGCUUCAGAAGUGACUUCUACCACACAGAAUCAACAGAGAGUAAACACAAAAAGACCAGCCUUGGAGGAUACAAGAGCCACUGGACCAAACAAGAGGAAGAAGCGAGCGGUUCUAGGGGAGAUCACAAAUGUUAACUCCAAUGCAUCAGCUAUACUUGAGGCCAAAAACAUCAAGCAGAUAAAGAAAGGACGGGGACAGGGAUUGGCGAGUACAUCCCAGUUGGCAUCUUCUGUUACUUCAGAAGUCACAAAUCUUCAGUCCAGGACUGAUGCAAAAGUAGAAGUUGUAUCAAAUACAGCAGGAAACCUGUCUGUUUGUAAAGGCACAAAUGCAGCUGAUAACUGUAUUGAGAAAUGGAAUUUCACAUUGCCUCCAAGACCUCUUGGGAGAUCAGCUUCUACAGCUGAGAAAAGUGCUGUUAUUGGUAGUUUAACUGUACCGGAUAUCCCGAAAUUCGUAGACAUUGAUUCAGAUGACAAGGAUCCUUUACUGUGCUGCCUCUAUGCCCCUGAAAUCUACUACAAUUUGCGUGUUUCAGAGCUUAAACACAGACCAGUUCCCGACUUUAUGGAGAGAAUACAGAAGGAUGUCACCCAGUCCAUGCGGGGGAUUCUGGUUGAUUGGCUUGUAGAGGUCUCUGAAGAAUACACACUUGCAUCUGACACUCUCUACCUCACAGUGUAUCUCAUAGACUGGUUCCUCCAUGGAAACUACGUGCAAAGACAGCAACUUCAACUGCUCGGCAUCACUUGCAUGCUAAUUGCCUCGAAGUAUGAGGAAAUCUUUGCGCCGCGCAUUGAGGAGUUUUGCUUCAUUACGGAUAACACCUACACAAGAGAUCAGGUCUUGGAAAUGGAGAACCAAGUACUUAAGCAUUUUAGCUUUCAAAUAUACACUCCCACUCCAAAAACGUUCCUCAGGAGAUUUCUCAGAGCAGCGCACGCCUCUCACCUGAGCCCGAGCCUUGAAGUCGAGUUUCUAGCCAGCUAUCUAACAGAGUUGACAUUAAUAGACUAUCAUUUCUUGAAGUUUCUUCCUUCCGUUGUUGCUGCUUCAGCAGUUUUUCUUGCCAAGUGGACAAUGGACCAAUCAAACCACCCAUGGAAUCCAACACUUGAGCAUUACACAACGUACAAAGCAUCAGAUCUGAAAGCAUCUGUCCAUGCCUUACAAGAUCUUCAGCUUAACACCAAAGGUUGCCCUUUAACCGCUAUACGCAUGAAGUAUAGGCAAGAGAAAUUCAAAUCUGUGGCGAUUCUCACAUCUCCAAAGCUACUUGACACGCUAUUCUGAAGGUUUCAACUCCUAACCAAUAAUAGUUUUGUCGCAUUGAUGGUCCAGUUCGUCUUCAUUCAUCUGUUACUCUUUGUUCAUAAAACAGAAUUCCCCACAGUCCCACUCAUCUAAUACCUGAUUAGAAUUCGGUUUAGCCUAGUUCGAUCCGCCGUUUGGUUCUUCCAAACUCGGACACAUCUAAUCGGUAACAAGAGGUUAUUUUUAUUGUAACGAGAAUGUACAUUACAUUUUUCUCCCAUCUUGAGGCAAUGUAAACAGAUUCGGAAUUUCAUAUCAUUUUUAUGAUAUGAAGUAGUUUAAGUAUUUUAUAUCA